AUGAGAAGCAGAGUUCCAGACAGAGGUAGCGGAAACAGCAUCCUCCAUUCAGCGGCUGACAGCGUGACCAGUGCUGUACAGAAAGCGAGCCAGGCCUUGAAUGAGCGUGGGGAGCGGUUAGGCCGAGCUGAGGAGAAGACAGAGGACUUGAAGAACAGCGCCCAGCAGUUUGCAGAAACUGCACACAAGCUUGCCAUGAAGCACAAAUGUUGAGAAACUGCGAAACUGCCUAUCCUGGUGACCCCCCUAAGAGAAAUGGAAGAGUUUGUUCUGCGGUUUUUAAAAGAAUUCCGGACCUCUGCUUGCUUCUUUUUUUUCCAGUAUAUGGACAUUUAGGGUUUUUGGUUUUCCUUUCCAGGUGUUAAUAGGAAAGAAAAGAUGUUGUGUUUAUACAGUUCCCUAAAGAUCUUGCUAAGAAAUGCUGCAAAAGCAUCAGCUUCAUUUUGGUGUCCCCCCACCACCCCCCACC